AUGACAUGCUUAGAUGAGUUACAUGGCUCUUGCAUCUUCUCUAAGAUUGAUCUUAAGAGUGGUUAUCACCAAAUCCGGAUGAAGGAAGGUGAUGAGUGGAAAACCGCCUUUAAAACCAAGCAUGGUCUAUAUGAGUGGCUUGUGAUGCCAUUUGGCUUGACCAAUGCGCCAAGUACUUUCAUGCGGUUGAUGAAUCAUGUCUUAGGUUUUGUGGUGAGUGCAGAUGGCGUACAGGUUGAUGAAGAGAAGGUCGCAGCUAUCCGGGAUUGGCCUAGUCCUAAGACCGUUGGAGAGUCAGAAGCUUUCAUGGCUUGGCCGGAUUCUAUCGGCGGAAUCGGAAUAGGAGCUGUUCUCAUGCAAGACAAGAAGCCGAUUGCCUACUUCAGUGAGAAACUUGGAGGAGCCACUCUCAAUUAUCCAACCUAUGAUAAAGGAGCUCUAUGCGCUGGCCAACAGAAGCUCAACAAGAGGCAUGCUCGCUGGGCCGAGUUCAUAGAAACCUUUCCCUAUGUGAUCAAGUACAAGAAAGGUAAGGACAAUGUCGUGGCCGACGCAUUGUCUAGACGGUAUACACUUCUCUCUACUCUUGAUGCCAAACUCUUAGGCUUUGAGCAAAUUAAAGAACUAUAUGCUUCUGAUGCUGAUUUUUCUGAUAUUUAUCAAGCUUGUUCUAAGUUUGCUUCUGGUCGCUAUGUGAGACAGGAUGGGUUUCUCUUUUAUGAGAACCGCCUUUGUGUGCCUAAUUGUUCUUUGAGGGACUUGUUUGUCAGGGAAGCACAUGGAGGAGGACUUAUGGGACAUUUUGGAGUUACCAAGACUAUACAGAUCAUGAGAGAUCAUUUCCAUUGGCCACAUAUGAUUAGAGAUGUGGAGCGCAUAUGUGCUCGCUGCACCACUUGUAAGUUGGCCAAAUCCAAGGUCCAACCCCACGGUUUGUAUACUCCUCUCCCUAUUCCAUCACAACCUUGGACUGAUGUUUCCAUGGACUUUGUUCUUGGUUUACCCAGAACUAGACAUGGAAAGGAUUCCAUUUUGUGA